AUGGAGGUGACAGAGGCAAUUCUUCUCAGCCAGCUGAAGGGCCUGGGGCAUCAGCGCACCCAGGCGGGCGCAGUCGCGACUUUGCUGCUGCUGUUGCCGCGCACCGACCCAGACUUGGGGCCGGUCAUUGCACCGUAUGUGGGGCAGCUGGCCGCGCUGCUCGCAGACGGCGCGCCUGAUGAUGCUAGUGUUCAGACAAACGCGGCGGCUGUGCUGGGGGCGGUCGCCUCGCUGACGGACGAGCUGCAUGCGGCGGUGGACGAGGCCGCGGCGGGCACCUUUGAACGGCUGCUGCGAAGCUGUGGCGAGGCGAGCACGAGCGGCGGCGAGGGCGAGGGCGGCGGCGACGGGCUCGCAAUCAAUGUCCUAUCGUCGGUCGCGCAGCUGGCGCGGGAGCAGGGCCGAACUCUGGCGGCGGUCAGCUCUCAACAAGGCCUCUCUGCGAUGGUGGCGUGCUGCGCGCGCCCCACGCUGGCGGAGUCUGCGCUCGACGCACUCUGCGCGAUCGCGUCCCACGACGCCCAUCGCCCCGCCCUGCGCGCCGCCGGCGCCGUGCCCGCCGCGGCGGCGGCCGUCGCGGCGGGCGGCGAGCCGGACGCGAUGGUGCGGGCGCUGAUGCUGCUGGGCAUGCUGACGUCAUCGAGCCCCGAGGCGCGGGGGCAGCUGGUCGAGGCGGCUGAGGGGCGCGGCGUGGUACGGCUUUUUGGGCUGGCGCGGCAAACGGAGGACGAGGACUGCAAGGUCAUUGCGCGAGACCUCCUGGGGCUGCUGACAAGGGAUCCAGAGACGCGUGCGGGCGUGGAGUCGGCCGUGCGGCGAGCGGCCGAUGCAGCGGCCGCCGCCGCUGCGGGAGGCGCGCCGGUCGGGGCGGCAGCCUGA